UAUUUGAUAGUGAUUCAAAUUUUAAUAUAGUUUGAGUAGCGUCAUGUUUAAUUAAACGCCGCCAUUUUUUAAAAAGUAGUGUACCGAUGUAUGUGAAGUACAUCCGUUAGUGGAAACCGGUAGACGAUUUAUGAGAGACAUUAGAAUACAAAUGGUAGUUCUUGAUGCUUGUGAAGGAGAGACGAUCGAUGAAAAACAACCAAUAACGUGCGCGUGAUCUGAAGUCGCUUAUUUUUAACGAAUGAUUUCAUUAGUUACUUAACCUGCUAAUAUCAUGUUCAUCUGCAUCCUUCUCUAAUAAUUUCACAUUCAUGAUUGUGACGUUUAAUUGUUUGAAUUACCGGCAAACUGUAGUCGAAAAAAAUCGCGUAAUUAUUUAGAAGUGUUCAAUAACUUUUUUUAUGAAAUGAACAAACAUGAGUCUACAAGUAGUUAUGGACCCCUCGUCGGUGCAGUCGAUGAAGGGACAAGUAGUGCUAGAUUUUUGGUGUUUGCUGCAAACACAGCUGAAGUAUUAACAUAUCAUCAAGUACCUAUAUCGCACAUAUGUCCAAAAGAGGGAUGGGUUGAGCAAGAUCCUAUGGAAAUAUUGAGAGCAGUUAGAGAAUGCCUUCGUCAGACUGUAUUUAAUUUAAAACAACUUGACAUUGAUCCAAGUGAUAUUGUUGCAAUUGGUAUAGCAAACCAAAGAGAAACUACAGUUGUAUGGGAUUCUUUUACUGGAGAACCAUUAUAUAAUGCUAUUGUGUGGAUGGACAUGAGAACUACUUCAAUUAUAGAUGAUAUAUUAAAAAAGAUACGUAAUAAAAAUAAAGACUAUUUGAAGUCACUCUGUGGCUUACCAAUUAGCCCAUAUUUUAGUGCAUUAAAAUUAAAGUGGUUAUUAAAAAAUGUGCCUCGUGUUCGUGAAGCCUUGAAAAAGAAGCGAUGCAUGUUUGGAACCAUUGAUACUUGGUUAAUUUGGAAUUUGACUGGUGGACCAAACUAUGGCAUUCAUGCUACAGAUGUUACAAACGCUUCACGAACAAUGUUAAUGAAUAUCACCACUUUAGAAUGGGAUCCAACAUUACUAUCAUUUUUUAAAAUACCACCAGAAAUUUUACCUGAAAUUCGAAGCUCAUCUGAAAUAUAUGGUUAUAUACAGGAUGAAGUUCUCUCAGGGGUACCAAUAUCAGGGUGCUUAGGUGAUCAGCAGGCAGCACUGGUAGGUCAGAUGUGUUUACAUAGGGGUCAAGCAAAAAGCACAUAUGGGACUGGAUGUUUCCUUUUAUACAAUACUGGAAGUGCUAUUAUAAACUCAUCUCAUGGUCUAUUGACAACAGUUGCUUAUCAAUUAGGACCACAAGUACGUCCGGUAUAUGCUCUUGAGGGUUCUGUAGCGGUAGCUGGAGCAGUCAUUGAAUGGCUAAAAGAUAAUCUUGGACUAAUAUCAGAUGUAAAAGAAUGUGAAACUCUUGCCGCACAAAUUCCAACUGAUAAUCGCAUCACAUUUGUGCCUGCAUUUUCUGGACUAUAUGCUCCAUAUUGGAGAAAAGAUGCAAGGAGUGUUAUAUGCGGAAUUACUGAAGACACUAAUAGUGCACAUAUUAUAAAGGCAGCUUUGCAAGCUGUUUGUUUUCAGACAAGAGACAUUUUAGAAACUAUGAAAGAGGAGACUGGAUUUGUUUUAUCCAAACUAUUGGUAGACGGGUCUAUGACUAAUAACAAUUUGUUAAUGCAAAUGCAAGCUGACAUAUGUGGGAUUCCAGUUGUGAGGCCUUUGAUGUGUGAGACUACUGCACUUGGAGCUGCAAUAGCGGCAGGAAGUGCGGAUGGUAUACGCAAAUGGGAUAUGAAAAUGGAUGGUGCCGUUCCAAGUGACACCUUUUUAACUUCCAUAAGCGAAAACGAAAGAGAUAAACUGUAUUCACAGUGGAAGAUGGGGAUUGAGAGAAGUUUAGGUUGGGAGCCAGAAAUAGUUGUCACUGAUAAUACAAAUGGUAUGCAUAAAGCAACUGCUCUUGGUAUUUUUGUGAUAGGUACAAUAAUUGUACUUUUAGUUGCCAGGUAUCGUUAUACCUCAUGACUGAACGAGUACAGUACCAUGUACUGUAUUGUCCACCAAUGAUGCAUUUGGGCAGGUCCUUUUUGCUUAGACUAUUAAUUACUGUAUUAAUUAUUAAAUUUGUAAACGUAACAUUAUUUAUAAAUAAAGGUGCCAUAGUUCUGUGAUAAUUUUUAUAUCGAACGAAAUAGAGGAAGUUAAAAUAGC